UGUGGGACAUAUCAACCCCACAAGUGAUCAAAGUUGCUCCCUCAAGCUAAAUCAAGGGCUGAGGGGGCAACUUUUGUGAAUUGGACUGCCACUUAAGAUGGCAACCAAAUUGCAUCCGGUUUCAACGGAGAUUCCCCCGAGGGAAAGUAGUUAGUGCGAGAGUUGAGGGGGUAAAAAUAACACAAUUGGACCGCAGCCCAAGAGUAAACAGACUGCUACAACCUGAUUGGCAGAAUGUGAUAUGCAACAUCCAGGACUAGCAUUUAAACUCUAGCAUGGUGUUGUAAAAUGGUGUUUCAUGAAGAAAUUAUGCACACAUUUCCCACCUUCUUGCCAUUAAAUCCUUUGCAGCCUGAAUGGAGAAUGUUUUAUGUACGAACCGGUCCAUGGGUAUACAAGUUUAUAGCCACAUGCAGUCCCUUUGGACGGGUCCUGAGUGGAGUAGACAUGGCUGACCAGGAAACUGGGCCCAAUGGGCUGGCUAAGAGGGCUGCAGCAGGUGCUGCGGUUUUCAAAGUGCGUGAGGCUGCAAUGGCUAUUCUUCAAAACGAAUCUACUGGUAACCUGAAAGUACAAAAACGGAUUGCCCCAUCGACUCCUUUAAUUGUACCAAAACCUUCCCUGAAGCCGUACAAGCGGCCCCCCACUCUGCUAUUGCCACCUUCAUACAGCGCCAACCCAGUUGGAGGAUUUACCUGUGAGGUGUGCGGCCAGAACUUCUUCUCUUUUCCUCAGGUGGUGAGACACAAACAGUUCCACGACGAAGAAAGGCCCUUUCCCUGUGGUGUGUGUGGGAAACGUUUCCUGAGCCGCAGCCACUACACUGAGCACCAGCGGGUUCACACUGGGGAGCGGCCCUUUCCCUGCGACCAGUGUGAGCGCUCGUUCACCACACACCACAACCUGAAGCGUCACCAAACCAUCCAUGCCAAAGAAGAGGCGUAUCGCUGCCGGAAAUGUGGCGUGCUUUUCUGCCAGCGCCACGAGUACCCCGGGGGCAUGCCCAGACCCGACCUCGAGCUUCGACCUGGGUUUGAGUCCACAUCCACGAUGCAACCAACACCUCCCAUUCAGGUCACACUCACACCCAAGCAGCUUAAGAAGCUUAACAAGAAGCGCAAUGAUCUCUCAACGAAACAUGAUCAUUCUAAAAAGAAGAAAAAGGGGACUAGAGUCAAACAUCCAGGCCCAGCAGAGAAAGUGAAUUAUGUGCGUCAAGAGGAACUUUGGCCUGUGUUGUUAACUAAAGGAGAAAAAUUGCAAAAAGUUGCUUAUGACAUUGAGGUUAUUAUAUGAUCCCACAUGAUGAUAAAAUAAAUGGGAUAAUUAGUCCGAUCAUGAUUUAAAAAAUAAGUUUGUUUUGUUUCAUCUCCACCGAUGUGGACGCUGUUUCAGAAAGGAGUUAUACCUUGAAACACUUGUUUUGCCUCGCAUCAUGAUUUUGGUAUUUAUUCCUUCAUGAGUUUGAGAAAAUAACUUUCCACAAUUGAUCAUGAUUUGGAAACAUUCUGUCAAGCAUUUCAAAUGAUUAACUGUCCUCUGAAAUGUUAUGGUUUCGCUUUUGAGAUCUUGACCAUUUUUUUUUGUAUUAGAAUAGAAUAUACACUUUUGAGUUAUGAUUAAUUCAGUUGUUUUGAUCCAUUGCCAUGUAAGGGCUAGUGUCCAUGCAUUAUUAUAUGACAUGCUAUUAAACUAGUUAACUCCUCUGAUGUGGCACAUCAAAAUGUAUUUCCAUAUCAAAUAAUGUUCAUCUGCUUUUCAGAUUAUGUUCAUAAAGGCCUGUAAGGGUUUCUCUCUGGGCCUUAACCAUUGAGUUGUCCAGAAAUUGCCUUCACCAAUAUAUGUAAGCAAAAAUGAUCAUGAUGCAUUGUUGUUGAUUAAUUACUAAAUGUACCUGUCAUAAGAACAAGUGAAUCCCGAUAUCUGUAGUCUGUGUAAUGUGGACAGUGUUGUUAAAUUUGGGUAACAGAGUCUGUCUAUGUCGAAAUGAUACGUCUCCAGUUGAAUUCUGUAUAACUACCUCAGGCUGAUUGUAAAAUGUAUUUUUUAAAUUGAUAAUGGGAUUACUUACACAUUUAUUGCCUUUGUCUUUAUUAAUGACACUUUCCAGGUAUUUGUUUUUCAUGUCACAAGAAACUCAUUUUAAAGUGAAUGUAAGCAUGCAUUGAAAUAUAUUGAUUCACAAGGCUUUAA